AAUGUUUAAAAAGUCCCAAAUGCACUUAUUACUCAACUAGCUGGUGUUUGGGACAGAUUUUAUAUCAACUUCUGCAGUCAAUUUGUGUGUGCUAAAAUUUGUAUUUAUCUCAAAUAAAAAAUAAUAAUAGUCAUAUGCACAAAAACGUGGUGGUUCUGUGCAGAAGAUGCAGAAACAAUAUUCUAAAUUGAAUCUCUACACAGAACUAAAGUGACUAACCUUGCUGCUACAGUUUGAUGUCAAUCAUACAAUCAUCUUGGCCCCGCCUACUAUCUCUGAUUGGGUCAAUCCAUCCGUGACACUCGUCUGCUAAAUUUAUUUGUAACCGGAUCCCGGACCAGCGGCAUGCAUUUGGAAAUGCUCGUCCGCUUCUGUUUAUUGUCUUUUGCAAAACUGUAGAUAAUUCUCAGGCUGAAAAUGCACCAUUCUGAUCUGUAUGCAAACUUUACAGUUCAAAGAACACUUGAGGAAGCUGAAUGAAGGUCGUAGUGAACAUGAAAGCUUCUCAAAAAUCUGACACACCAAGGAGGAUAAAGCAGCAGGAACCAAUAAUUUCUUUACCAUCACGGCACUCUACAAAGAUCAUCCGCACACUUUAAUAAUCAAGCUGCAGAGGUGACAAUGAAGUUUGAGAGCAUUCUGGAAGAGACAGAUGGGUUUGGGCGAUACCAGAUUGCACUGGUCUUGCUGAUGUAUAUACCUCGCAUCCCAAUCCCAUGUCACUUCCUGCUGAACAACUUUAUAGCCGCCAUCCCAUCUCACCAUUGUAACAUCAGCUCUCUGGGCUCUGAGGGAAUCUUUGGAAAUCUGACUCAGGAGGAGAGACUGACUGUCAGUAUUCCAGUGCAGGAUGAUGGGACUCCUGCUUCCUGUCACAUGUUCUCUUAUCCUCAAUUCCACCUGCUGUCAAACUUCUCCAGCCCCUCAGAGGUUGCUGUAGUCCAGUGCCAGAAUGGAUGGGAGUAUGACAACAGCACGUUCAUCAGCACUCUCGCCACACAGUUUGAUUUAGUUUGUGAGAAGAGGGGACUGGCCAAAGCAUCAGCAACCAUAUUUUUUGUUGGCGUCAUGGCUGGAGCUGUGUUCUUUGGAGUGCUCUGUGACAAGUAUGGUCGUAGAAGUAUGCUGCUGGUGUCUUAUGUGUCAUCUAUAGUGUUCAGUGUUGUUAGUGCUUUCUCAAGCAACUACAUCAUGUUUGCUGCCUUCCGCUUCCUGACCGGAUUCGCACUGACGGGGAUCAUCAACAUAUCAUUUGUUCUCAGUAUUGAGUGGGUGGACACUAAACACCGUACAUUUAUCGGUGUGUUCGGCAGUAUUUCCUGGAGUUUAGGCAACAUGCUGCUGGCCGGUUUUGCCUAUCUGGUCACUGAUUGGAGAAUGCUGAUUAUUACUGUCACUUCUCCUCUUCUUCUUGCUACAGCCAUUUGGUGGUGGAUCCCUGAAUCAGCGCGGUGGCUAAUAGCAAAUGGAAAGGCAGAAACAGCAUACAAGUAUCUGCAAAAAUGUGCUACUUUUAACAAAAGACGAGACUUUACAUCUAGAGUUAAACUAGAGGCUUUGUCCACUGUAAUGACUGUGGAACAGCAGGGUCACAGUUACACUUACUUGGACCUGUUCAAAACCCCACAGCUGAGGAGACUCACACUUUUCACCGGCGUAGUGUGGUAUGGAGUUGCUUCUACAUACUACGGCAUCAGCUUAAACAUCACCAGCUUUGGGCUUGACCUUUACCUGACACACUUCAUUUAUGCAGCCAUAGAAGUGCCAGCGAAAAUCCUCAUCUACUUUAGUCUCAAUAAGGUCGGCCGUAGAAUCACUCAGACCGGGACACUGGUGCUCACAGGAUUCUGCAUACUCAUUAACAUCAUCACACCUACAGAAUACUGGAUGUUUCGCACUGUGAUCGCAGUGUUGGGUAAAGGACUUUCAGAGGCUUCGUUUACAACUGUGUUCUUAUACACCACUGAGCUCUAUCCAACAGUCAUGAGGCAGAAUGGAGUUGGCUACGCCAGUUUUAUGGCUCGUUUGGGAGCAUCCAUUUCUCCUCUUAUCAUGCUCUUAGAAGACACGUGGAAGCUCCUCCCAGAGGUCAUUUUCUGCACGGUGGCCAUCUUUUCUGGUCUCAUCGCUUGGCUUCUCCCUGAAACCAACAACGAAAGAUUGCCAGAAACCAUAGAAGAUAUUGAAGAGAUGAGAAAGAAACCUAUCAACUUCACAACAGAGGAUCAGAGUAACAUCCCUUUAAAGUUGCCCAUCUGUGCAGACACAACGCAGUGAUAUGCAAAUCACUUCACAAGCACAAAAAGACAUCCUGCCAUUGUGACGAGUUUUAUAAGCUGUACUCGACAUCAGAUCCUGCCUUAAGUAUAUAAUUAAUGAAACUCUUGAGUCAUGGAGUCUUGGUGUACUGUUUUUCUUGCUUUCUUAGAAUUAAAGAAAUCUAGAUUCAGUCUUUUUGCUUAUGCAUUACCUUUAGAUACAUAUUUAAUUAAUCCCUUUCGUUAAUCUCUGUCUUUAAGUCUUUGUUCCUGCACACAGCACCAUGGACAGCACCAGCAUUAGUAUCUGGGCUCUGAUGGACAGCACCCUGGAAAGCUCCAUAUUACCUGAGUCUGACCUUUGUUAAUGAGCUGUGGAAGGCCUCUCCCAUAAUUGACAACUUCCACCAAAAACCAACAUAUCACACAUAUUCUCUUCAAAUUAUUUUAUUGGCAACAAAUAUAUGUUUAUAAAAUGAGUAACUCAGACUUAACACUAUUGAAUUGGAUGAGUAAUAUCGUAAGUUAUUAUACAGGCAAACCACAGCUCAUAUCCAAUCAAAGACAUUAGUUCAAACAUACUCUGUAUUAUUCUGACUUCUACAUAAAAUGAAUGUGACACAUCUCAUUCAGAAAAAAAGUUUUGU